AUGAAAGAAGGAGUAAGAGUAACAGAAGAAAGUGAGCUGAGUAGUCACUGCGCCCUCCAUGUUCGCUUCUUCCACGCUCAACAUUUAGCCGGGAGUGCCUUCGACGGUCGUGGCAGUUUUGGCCAGUUUAACCUCCGCCUUGCGUCUGCGAACAAGCCAUUCUCCGUUCUCUUCGCUACCUCUCUCUGUCCUCCCUUCCGCACCAAGGUCUCAACUCUAGACGCCAGACAAUGCACCGGCCCCAAAUGUCAACACGGCUACCAUCUCCUUAAUCAGGGAGUUUUGAGGGCUUCAUCCCCAAAUCAGCGCCAGAACCGAUUUGGGCUCGCAAAAGUUGGAUAUGGCCAUCUCUACAAGACCAAGGAUGACACAGAGGUCAAGGUCCCUCUGACCAAAACGACCGCGACGGUCAUGGUGAAGGAAGACAAGAGCUUCCAGAAUGCUAUCACCUUGUCAACUAGGGCUGCUUCCUCCACCUUGAUCAAACGGCUCAACAAGGGUGAAAACCCAAACGUAGCAAUUGCUCAAGAGUUCCCAAAGUGGAGAAAGGUUGUUGGUAGAGUAUUGGUAGGCAAUUUUGAAGAGUACCUAGGUGACGAUCUCUCCCUUUGGAAUAAGAUAUUGGACCUGAAAGAACACGUCUGGGAGAUUGAUGGCAUCUCAAGUCUUUUAUCUUCCCUACACUCUCAACUCGCCAUACCUGACCCGAUCAUCCUGAUGCUUGCCGCAAGUUUUUUCUUCGUUACCAUUUUGCGACAGAACUCGCCCUUUGGAUUCGCCUCUCCGGACUGCUUUUCUGGGGCUUUUCUUGGGCCCAUUGCGGUUUUAUCGGAUCCAAUGGUGUCAAUGAGCAUUUCCUUCUCGACAUUUUUGCCCGUCUUCGGUAUUUCGGCUCACGAGAAAUUGAGUGUGAGCAUUGUGGAUCAGUACCAUUGCACGUUCAGUCCGGACUCCAGUGAUUAA